CACACACCUCCCGUUACUAAUAUACCAAGAGGGAAAAUGCUGGGAGGUUGCAGUAGCAUGAACUACAUGUAUUAUGUUCGAGGAAAUCCCUACGAUUAUGACAAUUGGGCAAGCAUAACUAAUGACGAUACCUGGAGUUAUAACAAUGUUCUACCAUAUUUUAUCAAAAGUGAAAGACUCCAAGAUCCAAAUAUUUGGAAUACACCAAAUGCAGCAUUUCAUAGUAGCGAAGGCUACUUAGGAGUAACAAAACAGUAUGAGAAAAGAACAAAUAAAUAUUUACAAGCUUUUAGUGAGCUCGGGUAUAAUGUCGUUUUAGAUACAAAUGGAAAUUAUACACUUGGUUUCACUGAGCCUUUACUAACGAUGGCUAAUGGUUAUCGACAAAGCACAGCCAAAACGUUCCUCUCGCCUAUUGAAAAUAGAUCUAAUUUAUAUGUUUUGAAACAUACUCUGGUCACUAAAAUCAAUUUCGAUGAAUAUAAUUCUGCUGUUAGUAUUGAAGCGAUCAAAGAAAAUAAGGAAAAAAUAACAAUAAGUGCAAACAAGGAGAUCAUAGUGUCAGCUGGAGCCAUAAAUUCUCCACAGUUGCUCAUGUUGUCGGGCAUCGGUCCUAAAAAACAUUUAGAGGAUUUAAAUAUUAAUGUAAUCGCAGAUUUGCCUGUAGGAGAAAAUUUGCAAAAUCAUAUAAGUGGUAUAUCGACUUAUGCAUUGGAAAAGAUUCCUGAACAAUCUAAAAACCCCCAUAAAUAUCCCCAACCAACUGUUAUGGGUUUCGCUACAAUGAGUAACUUACAAGUAUAUCCAGACUACCAAUCAGUUAAUCUUAUAGUGGACAGCGAUUACCUAUUAGAAAACUGUGCAUUUACAAAUAGUUUCAAAAAAGAAAUUUGUAAUACCUUUUACAAACAGGCAAAAGGAAGAGAGGUUAUGAUAUCACAGACAGUUGUACUCCAUCCAAAGUCACGGGGUCGGAUCUUGUUGCGAAGCAUCAAUCCUUCUGUUCAUCCGGAAAUUUUCACUGGUUAUUUUUCUGAUGCUGCUGAUUUGGAGAACCUUGCUUUAUAUAUCGAACACGUUAAUCGAGUAAUGAUGACGAGUUACUUUCAAGGCGUAAAUGCAACAUUUUUGAUUCCACCAGAUUGUAUAUCGAACGAACCAGACAGCGAAGAGUUCUGGAGAUGUUACGCUCUGUGCAUGGCUAUGCCAAUGAAUCACUACAUAGGAACAUGCGCCAUGGGAUCCGUCGUGGAUGGGAGACUCAAGGUGUUUGAUGUGCAGAGAUUGAGGGUGGUGGACGGUAGCGUGAUUCCUAACAUGACUAGUGGUAACACUAAUGUACCUAUAAUAAUGGUCGCUGAAAAAGCUGCAGAUUUUAUAAAGGCAGAAAAUUCAUAUUCUCAUUAA